AUGCAUACAAUCAAAAGUGUUGUAGAAACUAAAGCAGCAAUAGAAUACGACCAGUUACGUGCAUUGUCAUUUCCACAAACAGACAUUUUUUUGAUUUGUUUCAGUGUGGUCUCUCCACCCUCAUUCGACAACGUUUCAGCAAAAUGGCAACCAGAAGUUGCUCAUAAUUGCCCAAACAUACCAUAUAUUUUCGUUGGGACUAAGGUAAACACGAGAGAAAACAACGAUCAAUUAAAGCGACUCAAAGAAAAGAAUACCACUCCAAUCACUACCAAACAAGGUGCAGCAAAAGCAAAAGAAAUCGGUGCAGUAAAAUAUAUCGAAUGUUCCGCUCUCACACAAAAGAACUUAAGACUUGUUUUUGAUGAGGCGUUUAAAGUGGCCAUUUCCUAUAAAACCAAUGACCAAUCAAACAAACAACAAGUCACGUGCUCUCUUUUUUAA